CCCCAGUUUUCUUUCUCCACCCUUCCGAAGAGCGGAAGAGGAAAUCAGAACUCAGAGCGAACCCUAAUUUCACGAUCAUGUCGCCGAAUAGGAAUAUGAGAUUGAUAUUUGCGCAGUGCCGCAAGUUCUCCCAGUCCCGCCGCAAUGUAUCUUCAUCCGGUAGUAGCAAAGGGUCCAAGGUAGCUAGGUUCUUAAUUCAAGGUACAGGAGGGACUCUGGGAUUGACCUCAGCUUAUAUUCUGUAUGGAGGUAAACUAGAUGAACGUGAGGAGCAGAGACAACAGGUUUUGAGGGAAGUUUUUGGGAAUCAUGCAAAAGUUGAGGAUCUAAGAGAAAAAAUGUGGCCUGAAUUUAGGAAGAUAAGGAAGAUGACAUGGUUUAGCAAUUUGGAAAAGAUGUGGUCUGAAGCUAAGUGAGGAGAAGAAUGUGGUCAUUGUGUGUUGGGCAGGCGAGAGGAUAUAUAUAUCUUAUGGGAAUGAAUGUGAGAGAACGAACAAUCAUCACUUCCAAGUUCUAACAAGUAAAAUAAAAGUCAGAGUUAGCUUACUUCUCUUGCAAGGACAGAAAAGUCAUAUUUUAAAGGACAAGUAAAUGUUUCAAUUCAUCUAUCACCCAACCGGUUUCCAGUAAUUGGAUCGGAGUAUCUUUUCAUUUAUACGCACCAUCACUGUGCCAAUAGAACCAGCACAAGUUUUCUGUUA